CUGGCUCUGAAAGACUCUGGAGGCGUGGCUAUGCAGACGGCCACACACAAUGGCUCAUGGAAUGUACGCGCCGUCCGACAAAGCCUGACAUCGCCUGGCGCAUCAGUAAAUGAUUACUCUGGCCUGCCGUCAUGUGGUUAGAUGCGGAAAAUGGCUGACGAAGACCCAAACAGUGAAGUUCAAAACAUCGAUGAUAAAGAGGGGGAAUCUGCAGCAGCCUCAGCGGAGCAGGACUCUGUAGCGAGGGAGGAAGAUGGUGAACAGAGGGACAAACCUGCCGAUGGGUCUUGGUCGGCGCCGAUCCUGUCUUUGGCUCGAAAAGCCACGGAGACGCUGAGCAGUGUGAACACCUACGGGUCGGGUUGGAGGAGCUCCGGCUCAGGGUCUGAGCAGAUCUCAGCUCCUCACAGCCUCACCGACAGCUCUGACACCCACAGACCUGCCAUGAAGGAUCCCAUGUCUGUGGAGAGGUCCAAUCUAUUAAGCAUGAUGAAGCUCAGCAUAAAAGUCCUGAUCCAGUCUUCCCUCAGCUUGGGACGGACGCUGGACUCGGAGUAUCCACCUCUGCAGCAGUUCUUCGUGGUAUUGGAACACUGCCUCAAACACGGAUUGAAAGUGAAGAAAUCCUUUAUAGGCCAAAAUAAAUCUAUCUGGGCUCCUUUGGAAUUGGUGGAGAAGCUGUGUCCCGAGUCAGCUGACCUUGCCACAAGUGUACGAGAUAUGCCUGGACUCAAGACAGGACUUGGGCGAGCUCGGGCAUGGCUGCAUUUGGCCCUCAUGCAGAAAAAGGUGGCAGAUUAUAUGAAAGUUCUGAUAAACAGACGGGAUCUCCUGAGUGAGUUUUAUGAGCCAGGAGCACUGGUAAUGGAGGAAGAGGGGUCCGUUAUCGUUGGUAUGCUGGUCGGUCUGAACGUGAUUGAUGCCAACCUUUGUGUGAAAGGGGAAGAUCUGGAUUCUCAGGUGGGCAUCAUCGACUUCUCGCUGUAUCUAAAGGAUCCACAGACAACCGAGAGCACACAAGAUGAUUCCAAAAUGACUGCGAUUCUGGACCAGAAGCACUACAUAGAGGAGCUGAACCGCCACCUGAGCUGCACAGUGACUGACCUGCAGGCCAAGAUGGAUUCCCUGGAGAAAACCAACUGUAAACUCAUAGAGGAGCUGUCGGCAGCUACAGACAGGAUCAACGCCCUGCGGGAGGAGCAGGAUCAGCUUCGUCAGGAGAACACCAACAUCCUCCAGUCUAGCCAGAGGAAAGAGGAGGUGACUCUGCAGGACAGCCAGGUGGAGCUGGAGACCUACCGGCAAUCACGGCAGGGUCUAGAUGAAAUGUACAACGUGGUGUGGAAGCAGUACAAGGAGGAGAAACGCAUCCGGCAGGAGCUGCAGAAGGAACUGGAGCUACAGGUGGGCCUGAAGCAAGAGAUGGAGGUGGCCAUGAAGCUGCUGGAGAAGGACAUUCAUGAGAAACAGGACACGCUGGCUGCUCUGCGGCAGCAGCUGGACCAGGUCAAAACUCUCAACCUGCAGAUGUUCAACAAGUCACAGGAGGCUGACAGAGUGGUGCAGAAGAAGGACGAGGAGGCCGUGAGGUUAGAACAGAAGAUGAGUCAGAUGGAGACAGCUAUGCAGGAGCUGGAACUGAGGUUGCAGAACUCUGAGAGUCAACGGAAAAACACGGAGCAAGGCCAGAAGGAUCUGCAUUCAGAGAUGAAGGAGAGAGUAGACAGUUUGCAGAAACGGCUGACCGAUCUCGACGUGCUGAGGUCAGGACUGGAGGCAGAGCUGAGUAAAGAGAAAGAGCAGAGGCAGAGUCUGCAGAGAGAGCUGCAGCGUGAGCAGGACAACACCACUGAACUACGCACACAGCUGCAGCAGCUGCAGGGCCUGCAGACGGAGCUGCUGGAUCUGCGGCAGGAGAAGAAGCAGCUGCAGCAGCUGUGUGAGGAGCAGGAGCAGGCCCUGCAAGAGAUGGGCCUUCACCUCAGCCAAUCCAAACUGAAAAUGGAGGACUUUAAAGAAGUCAACAAAGCUUUGAAGGGUCACGCCUGGCUGAAAGAUGAUGAAGCCACACAGUGUAAACAGUGCCAAAAAGAAUUCUCCAUAUCUCGCAGGAAACACCAUUGUAGAAACUGUGGGGAUAUCUACUGCAACAGCUGUUCCAGCAACGAACUGGCUCUGCCGUCGUACCCCAAACCAGUCCGCGUCUGCGACAUCUGUCACUCGCUGCUUCUUCAGAGGAGCUCCACCAGCUCUUGACAUCGCACGGCCUCCUGAAAUGAAAAUGAUCGUGUGCAGCACAACUGCUUUUGGUGAUUUGUGGUAUUUUGAGACUAACAAGAUUAAUAUAUGCAUUAGCAUUUUAUGGGGCUAUCGGCUUCCGUUUGUCUGAGACUUUUUUAGCCAGCAGGCGCUACAGUAAUUGCAGAAUUAUAUGCAAAGUAAUUUCUUCUACAUGGAGAAUGUGAUCAUUUUUAAAGAAUAUUCUAUUGCACAGCGUCUGCUAUGAUUUGUUGUAUCCCCCCUUGUUAAUCUCCAUUUUAGGGAGAGUACUAACAACUGAAAUGUUUGAACACUUCAUUGUAGCCUGCCAGGGUUUAAGAACUGUUUAAGAAUGUCAAGUGCUUUCAAUCAUGUUUCCUCUUUUCUAAUUGUGAAGAAUAAAGUGCUUUUCUUAUUUUUAAAGCUGUGUUCUGUAAGAUUUGAAACACUGCCUACUACAUGCAACACUAUUAAAACACACGUUUGAAGCUGAUUCCUCUUGUUUAAACGUUCUUCUGGACGUUUAAGAGUUGUUUGAAUCUGAGAAGCUGCAAUAGCAAAAAGUUACAGUAAGAAUCUUACAGAAGGCAGCUUUGAUUAGACCGAUGAUUGUACAGGCAGACAUUAAUACUCAUCUUACUACAUGCAGGCUGAAUCGUUAUAAAGACUUCAUUGUACAUGU